AUGAGCUUGGUAGACCAAUGGCUGGACAUCUUAGACCCAGACAAAGAGGAUCAAGGUAAGGCAUUCUUACAGACUUUGAUGCAGAUUCUGUUUUCCUGAAGUUAAAAUAAGUGUAAUUUAAACUGAUCCAGAUAUUUUAACACAAAUAUUUAAUUUACUAUCAACAAUUUGUUAUAGUUCUUAACAGAGCAUCCAUAUAUGGACAUCAGUGCAUUAUAUCAACCCUCAAGCAACCGCUAAAAAAAUCACUUUUUAAAAAAAAAUUUGCAGUUUUUAGAUGAUUAAAUGGAGUUUAUCAAGGGGCUUUGUUUUUAAAAAACAAAGGUUCCAGUUAAUAACCUUAUUGUUACAGACAUUAAGAGUGGCAUUACGCUUUGCACCAUAAUUUCACAUGAUUAUAUGGUGUGACUUUGUUGUAGGAUAAAUAGUUUUUUCUUUAAAAGAAUGAACAGCUAAUUUUAAAGAGACGUGUUUAUGCUUACUAUUUUGACUGACCAUUAGCAAGGUCUGUCACACUUAAUUAGCUCGUAUGUCAACAUGUCAUGACGCAAGUGGAAGGAGAGAUCAAACUGAACCACACAUCAAAUAGCAUAGCUUAUCACACACUUGUUUGUCCCUUUGACCCAAAAGAAGCAUUACAUUACUCACUCAAGCUUGAUAUCUGAAAUCAAGCUGUGCACUGGUGCUUCUUAACUACGCUAGUACUAUAUGUAUCUAUAAUGUAUAUAGAGUCUUUCACAGGGAAGUAGCUGGGGCAACAUUACUGUCAGACAGUGGUCAGUGUGGAUAAGAAAACUAUGCUACAUCCCUCAUUAUUGGAGAUGGAGGCAUAAAAGCUUACUCUGCCGUUUGUCAAUUUUUACCAUAUCAUAUGGCUAGCUGAGUGGAACUGGCCUUAGGAAACUUCUUGCUGAUUACAAGGUUACACUAUCUAAGACAUUCACAAAAAAGAUUGCCUGUCUUGUCGCGGAUAUUCCUGGAUUUGUGUGACUUUUGGUUUUUUUUUCUUUUGGUCACUUAUUUGACCACUUGAAUUGUAAUAAGAUGCCUUUUUGCAGUAGUCAAGCCAUUAUAGUGUUAUAUGGAAUGAAAAGGGUUAAGCUAUAUGUAAUGUUAGUGACUCUUGGUCAUUAUUUCUUUUUACUUGGAGAAAAUGGAUUUUGCGCUCAUUCAAAGAUGAUUGCUCUUAGGAAAGGUCUCUUACCAAAGCGUUUAAUAAAAUCCUUUGAUUAACCGUCUUUCAAAAUUGGCUGUAGUCCAACCCCAACAAACUGAGCUAAACUAACUUGUACUGGAUAGAAAACAGCUAGAAUUGUUGCAAACAAAGGUUUCUCUAAUUUCUCAUGAUCAGCCUUCAUCAAUAAUUGGCUUUAGGUUUUCUAUAUCAUAUUUAUCUGUUACUAUUGAAAUGAACUAAUCAGACAAAAGUAUGGCACGUUACAUAACAAAAAAUUAUAUACGUUCACAGAAAAGCUGACAGAUGUUGACAGAUGUGGCAUUUUUAGGAGACAUUUCGCUCCCUCCCGCGAAAAAAGUGAAGUAGGAGCUGCUGCCUUAUGAGGGAAAAUGUAUGUGCACCUUCUUGCUUUCAUGGCAAACUGACAGACCAUGGCUUGUUUUCGUGCCCAAACAGAAUACAUCCCAGCCAACCAACAAAGUCACCAAGUUUCAGUUUACAUCCCCUAUAUCAGGGGGCAAAACGUUUUCGUGCAAGAUCUGUAAAAAGUAAUGAAGGGAAUUGGCUGAUAUUUUAUCAUGGAUCAUCGGAAAUAAUCUGAUUGACCCAACUGAUCAAUCAUAGAUUACAAUCGGAAAAUCUAUCGAUAAAAAUCUACCGAUAAAAAACUCAGCCGCCAUGUUUGUUGUCGACAACAUAAAAACGAGACAAUGAGGAGAGGACCCUGGCAGCCAACUUCAGUUUCACUUCGAUCUUCGCAAGCUGUUUACACCUGUUUUGCUUUCAUCUACUCUUGUAACCUUUCUGAUCGCAACAAGUAUAUCUAAAAAUGUAUUUUACACCCACCUACUAAAUUAGAAUAAUUUCUAAGAGAACCGUCAAGAUAAGUCUUUUCCAUAUCAAAUACACUAUCAAAUGUGAACAAAAUGUAAAACCUAGCCUGGUGAGAGCAUGUUUUGCCGAGUUUUAAAGAACAUUAAAAAUGUAUGAAAUGUAGGAGAAAGAGGUAUUCAGUGGAGGCUGCUGUUACAGGUCCUUUAAAAUGUGCAUACAACACACUACUUUUUUAUGUUUUUAUUUGUCAUCAAUAAUUUUUCUUCAUUUGUCUGUGAUAAUCGAUUGUCAUCAUCCAUAAUCGAUUGUCAUGUUGCUUAAAGAUUUUGGAUCAAUGAUCAAUUAUAAUCGAUGAUCAUCACACCACUAGUAAAAAAGCUUCCAAAAUAGACAAAACUAUCUCCUAGAACAAUUUAUUUGUGGAGGGCUGACCUUCACUUUGUUUACAAUCAGUCAAGAUUCAUGAGACCUCAGAAAAUCAUGGAAAGAAAAUGAAUAUCAGAAACUUUCAAGUUGCACACAAUUUCAUCAAUCCAACCUUUUUACGGAAGGGCAAUCAGAGAAACUUAAAGCAGUUAAUGCAAAGAAAAUGACACCACAAACAGUUCUGAUUCAUUCCUGUUGUACACCAGAUGAACCAGAGCAUGAUGACUGUCCCUCUGGCCGAAAAUCUUGUGAUCUCACAAAUGGCACUAAUUGCCAUAAACCAGUCAAGAAACCCAUCCCUGAUGCUGUUGUGGAGGUUUUACAGCCACUAUUGAUGAGAUUUUUUUAGUAGGAGGUCAACACUGCUAUACCCCCAAAAAAGAAACAAGUGUUUGCAUCAUGUCAUAUGGGGCAUGACUUCCACAGAUUAACCUUGCCAUUUGUCUUAGGGUGCUACAUUUUAACCAGGGUUUCAAUGCCACUAAUACUGAUCUUGUGGGAAAGUUACAAGGUAUUUUACGUGAUUUGAAAAGGAUAAAAUGACUUGAAGAUCGUAGAGAAUACGCAUACGGUUAAGUACCCUGCACACAGCUCAGUUGUAUGUAACAGUUUGGGAGAACACAAGAUGCAUGAAAUGACAGAGGAAGCAUUUAGUGAGCAAUGGCUAAUUGCAGAGGGAUUUGAAGAUGACUCUACCAUGGCAAGUGAGAACAAAGCUUCAGUUGACGUGGAGAAGGAUGCAGUGAGAAAUGCUCUGGUCAAUGCUUUUUCGUCAGCGAAAAAGGUUCAAGGGUUUUACAAGGGCUGUUUUUACAUGGACAUCAACUUUGUCUUUAUUUUUAAGACAAGAAGAAAAAUAAGACAUGAUAAGUUUUCCAAUGUUUACAAGUUUAAAACUGUUAAAAUCCAUGCAGGCUCUCAGGAAGACAAAAAUAAACUGAAAACUACUGUAUUUCCAAUGCAUUUUGGAUAAACAAUGAAUUGUGAGCUAAAACUAUAACAUACUUUGAACAUUAUUAUAUAAACACCAAUGAAAUACCAGGUGAGCUUUCAUGCAAAAACAUGAUAUCUUCACACGUGAAGAUAACAGGUUAUUUUCACACGUAAAAAGAUCAGCGUUGUUAUGGUUACAUAAUAAAUCGUGCCUUUCCCAGCGGCGCCUUUGUCAGUAGUUUUGAUGCAACUUCAGAAUGGUGGACGAUUUAUCUCACUGGAAUCUAAAUAUUCUUGAUGUGAUGGACGAUGAUUCUAAAUCCAGGUUUAUUGAUGUGUCAAAGGAUGAUGUUGACAAGCUUAUUGCUCAACAAGAAAACGAAAAUACGAAGAAAAAGACAAUGUAUGACCUGAACAUUGCUCUAAAAUUUCUUCACGAGGCUCGGAAAGAAGAGAGAGAAUUAGAGAAAAUCUCACCGGAGGAGCUGAAUGUGUACCUUAGUGAAUUCAUUAUUGCAGCUAGAAUGAAGAAAGAAGAACAAUAUGAGCCGUCUUCUCUCAGAGGAAUCUUAUCAAGCAUUGACCGUUAUCUUACAAGGCGCAAAUAUGGGAGAAGGCUAUUCAUUGAUCCAAAAACAAAGAAAUUUAAGAGGAGCGCAAUCCAGUGA